UCAGGUCUUCAGCCGCCUGCUCUUCCUGUUCUCUGCUUCCGUCCUCUCAGCUUCCUUACAGUACUCCUACCUGCCAGAACUGGGCCUCCCUAGGCCUGCCUAGCCUUGAGUCUGCCCUCAAUCGCUCUGGCUGCAGAAGUCUCCUUACCCCCAGUGAGAGGUGGGGCGGGUCCAGGACGCUUGAAAGCCGAGGGUUGAGGGCAUUGAACCAACGCACAGACCCGUCACGUCUGCCUCCAAAGACACUCGCACCCUCCAUGCGGAGCCAAAAUGGGGAACGGAAAAGAGGAGGAUUAUAACUUUGUCUUCAAGGUGGUGCUGAUUGGCGAGUCAGGCGUGGGCAAGACCAACCUGCUAUCCCGAUACACGCGCAACGAGUUCAGCCACGACAGCCGUACUACCAUCGGGGUGGAGUUCUCCACCCGCACUGUGAUGCUGGGCACGGCAGCCAUCAAGGCUCAGAUCUGGGACACAGCUGGCCUGGAGCGGUACCGAGCCAUCACCUCAGCGUACUAUCGUGGUGCUGUGGGGGCCCUGCUGGUGUUUGACCUAACGAAGCACCAGACCUACGCUGUGGUGGAGCGCUGGCUGAAGGAGCUCUAUGACCAUGCUGAGGCCACUAUUGUCGUCAUGCUUGUGGGUAACAAAAGCGACCUCAGCCAGGCCCGGGAGGUGCCCACUGACGAGGCCCGCAUGUUCGCCGAAAACAAUGGGUUGCUAUUCCUGGAGACCUCAGCCCUGGACUCCACCAAUGUUGAGCUGGCUUUUGAGACUGUUCUCAAAGAGAUCUUCACAAAGGUAUCCAAGCAGAGGCAGAACACUAUCCAGACCAAUGCCAUCACUCUGCGAGGUGCCCAGGCUGUGCAGAAGCUGUCCUGGGGAGAGGAGAGCCUGUUGCAUCAGCCUCUGACCUUGGCCAGCACCCACCCUGUCUCCACUGGCAUUCUGGUCACCACCCCCACCCCCAGCUCCAGGGCCUUCCCUGCCCUUUGGUCCCAGAUGUCAGUGUCCGGUUCACAGCCCCUAGAGCUCUAAGGUCAUCACAUCACACCACACAUCUCUAUUAUCUAUCCAUCUCCUCUUAAAACUAGGGCCCUUAAAUAAAGCUGUAUUUUGUAUCCA